CCUGGCUGGCUUGACCGAGCACCGACUGCCACUCAAGGCACCUACAACACGCUACAUGCUCCUCCCACCACCGCUCCCCGCCCCAGUCGCCCUCGCCCAGCUCCUCGCCGACCCCUCGUCCUCCCACACCCACGACCUCACCCACGCAGAAGCCGCUCGAGCACGCACUCGCACCGCACUCAAGGCCACCCGCAACGACCCGCAAGCCGCAGACUGGGCAGGCGCAGCGAGGGCCGUCGCAGAGUACCUCCCGCACCUCUACGCCAUCCUCGCUUGCGUCGAGGCAGAUGACCUCCUCCUGCGCACCGACCCUGUCUUCUUCGCGUGGCGCGCAUCCCUGUCGUCUCAAGCGCUCAAGAAGGCCAGCAAGCGCGUCCUCCUGCCGUCGCUCCACGCCGAGCUCACCGCCACCCUCCUGUCGUACGCCCUGUGCCUCGCCAACCAGGCCUCUUCCCUCGUCACCUCGCUCGGCUCGUACGAGAUCGCGUCGUCCGUCACGACCACGGGCCUCAAGGGCCACGACGAGACGGUCAAUCAGGCCGCCGACACGCUGUGCCGCGCGAGCGGCGUCCUCAUGCACCUCGCCGAGGUCAUCAUUCCGCGGUGGGAGGCGGCAGUCGGACUCGAUGCGCUCAGAGCGCGGCCCGUCGAGAUGAGCCGUGAAGUGACGACCGCCCUCGCCAAGAUGUGCCUCGCUGACGCCAACCUGCUCGCGAUCCGCCGCCUCCUGUCGCGCUCGCUCCAGGUCGCCCACUCGACGACCACGCCGGGCCCUCCUCUCCCGCCCUCGCACCCUUCGCCCGCCCUCCUCGCCAAGCUCCACCUCCAGGUCUUCACCCUGUACGACGAGGCGCGAGCCGCUGCCAAGACCGUCUCGUCGUCGUCCUCAUCGUCGUCGUCGGGCGCGGGCGCGGGCGCGACCGGCUCGGGCGACCUCUCGCCCGCCCUGCGCCGCUACCUGUCAGACGGGCGCACGCUCGCGCUCGCCCUGUCGUACAAGUGGCUCGGCGUCGACGCGGGCGAGCGCGGCGAGACGGGCGACGCGCUCGGGUUCCUCGGCAUGGCCGGCGCAGAGCUCGAGGCGCUCGCGGGCAAGGACAAGGGGCUCAGGGCGCUCAAGGGGUUUGGCAAGGCGAGGGUCGGGGGCAAGGCGAGGAAGGGCAAGGUCGGAGAGGAGGUCGAGAGCACCGAGGCGUUCCGGAAUGCCUACAGGAGGGUCAACGACUCGGUGCACUUCCACCCCGUUCCCUCCCCUCAGACCCUCCAGUCCCGCCUCCCCUCCGGCCGCGCCGCCCUCGCCCUCAAGCCCUUUCCCCCUCCCUCUCCCGCCUUCCGCCCUCGCUCAACCGGCGCACCACCGCCCUCGCGCAUCCCGCCGCCGCCGCCGACGGCGGCGUUCGCGGCCAUGGCGCUCGGAGGACCCGGCGCAGGAGGAGCGGCGGCGGUGGGAGGGGACAGCUCGGGCGAGGAGGACGAGGGUGGCGACGAGGCGCUCGGGAGCUACUUUGGAGCGGGGCAGUACUUCUGAGGGUGGACGAGGCCGCGCGAGCAAUGUCAGAAGCAGUGGGCUCGAGCGGCUCGUCUCGAGCCUCCUGCGUGCGCCU